GCGUGUGACAGUAGGCCAUGCUUUUGCUAGCUAGCCAACGAUUUCUAGCGGACUGUGUUGUUGUCGCUCAUUGACCUUCGUUCUUUAACUUGCUAGCCAGUUUGCUGUCUGUGAUGAAAGUGAUCGUAUGAGCAAUAUUCAAAAUGGUCUGGAUGAGUAGGACUUGUUUCCGGAAGUAUGGAAACUUCGUGGACAACCUGCGUCUGUAUGUCCGAGGAGGCAGCGGAGGGAUGGGACUACCCCGGCUCGGAGGGCAGGGAGGGAAAGGCGGAGAUGUUUUGGUGGUGGCAAAAAAAGAAAUUACUCUAAAGAAGAUCAAGGCUAAGUAUCCACAGAAACGCUUCGUCGCUGGAGUAGGAAUGAACAGUAGCGUCCGGGCGCUGAAAGGCGAGAAAGGGCCGGACCAGCAGAUACUGGCGCCCACUGGUGUUACCGUCACUACUGACAAUGGCAAAGUUCUUGGUGAGCUGAAUGUGGAAGGAGACAGUGUGCUGGUGGCCCGAGGAGGGCAGGGGGGGUCCUUCCGCUCUGGGUUCCAGCCCAGUCAGGGCCAGUCCAAACAUAUCCGGCUGGACCUCAAACUUAUCGCAGACCUGGGCCUUGUGGGGUUCCCCAAUGCAGGAAAGUCUUCUCUACUGAAAGCCUUGUCUCAUGCCAAACCCCAGAUCGCCAGCUAUGCCUUCACCACUCUAAGGCCAGAGAUUGGCCAAGUCAUGUAUGAAGACUUUAAACAGAUUUCUGUAGCAGACCUUCCAGGGUUGAUUGAGGGAGCGCACAUGAACAAAGGAAUGGGUCACAAGUUCCUCAAACAUGUGGAGAGGACCAAGCAACUGCUGUUUGUGGUGGAUGUUUGCGGUUUCCAGCUUGCAAGCAACACAGCGUUCAGGUCGGCCUUUGAAGCUGUGCAGCUUUUAACCAAGGAGCUGGAGUUGUACAAAGAGGAGAUCCUCUCCAAGCGUGCUGUGUUGGUGGUGAACAAGAUGGACCUGCCUGAUGCAGAGGACAGGCUGGCUGAGCUGCUGGAGCAACUGAACAACCCGAAUGAGUUCUUCCACUUGCUGCCUGAAGACAUGGUUCCCAGAAAGAACAUUCUCUUCAGAGACGUGGUUCCCAUCUCUGCUGCCACCGGACUGGGCAUCCAGCGCCUCAGAACCUGCAUGCGACAGUCACUGGACGAGGAUGCGGCCGGGGGGGCAGACCCCCUGCACCGUGAUAGGCUACAGGCCCUGAGAGGGGCGGUCACAGCCCAGGACGCACCCUCCUGGGGCUCCCCCCCCUCUGCCUGAGCAUGCUGGGGUGUGGACAGUUUCUCUGUUAUCUGGACGUGUAUUCUAGACUGGACCUCAUGGGACAGCUUUAUAAGGAGGUCCCAGAGUCUGACACCUGGACACGUCAGGUCCCAGAGUCUGACACCUGGACACGUCAGGUCCCAGAGUCUGAUACCUGGACACGUCAGGUCCCAGAGUCUGACACCUGGACACGUCAGGUCCCAGAGUCUUGACACCUGGACACGUCAGGUCCCAGAGUCUGAUACCUGGACACGUCAGGUCCCAGAGUCUGACACCUGGACACGUCAGGUCCCAGAGUCUGAUACCUGGACACGUCAGGUCCCAGAGUCUGAGCCUGGACACGUCAGGUCCCAGAGUCUGACACCUGGACACGUCAGGUCCCAGAGUCUGAUACCUGGACACGUCAGGUCCCAGAGUCUGAGCCUGGACACGUCAUGACUGAUCCCCUGUAGGCAGAGCCUACAAGCUGUACGAAAAAAUAUCAUCAAACAUGAUAUAUUCAACCUAGGAAUACACCACGAAGACAACGACUUGAAUGAACUUUAAAGUAAGAGGUCCAAGAACAAGUUGACUGUAUGGUAAGAUUUCAUAUUGUGUAUUUGUCUAAUAUAACUUGCAUUAAAGAUGGAAUCAGAAACGUCAACAAACA